CUUUUCAAGUAAUUGUGCGUUCACUCAGUUGAAAACAGGGGGGGGGAUGAUAUAGAAGUGAAACACGCGGCGACACCAGUCACAAUGACGCCCUCUACGCCAGAGGAUACCCUAGCUAAGCUGCAAUCGCUCAUUACUAGCCAGGAAAUCACCAUUCUAAAGCUCAGUGAACCCAUCUCAGCCGCUAUCACACAACUACAAGACCCCCACCAGCGGACAUCAGACAUAUCCGCCUCUUCGCUUGACGCCACGACACCAUCUUCCCUCGAGGCAGAUUUAACACAUUAUCGAGAACUAUUUUCUAAGCUGCGUUUCAGUUACGUGGAGCAGGUUACCAAAGAGAAAUUUAUUCGCGCUAUCGUAGGCGACCCGCCUCUUAUUGUCACUCCGCAGGAAAACGUGGAUCUCGAGAAGGAAAACCUGCAAGCAAAAGCAACGCUUAAGGCCUUAAAAACCGAGGUCACAAGUGUGGUCACCGAACUUGGGGAGAAAGCGGUAGAUCUUAGUAGAAAGUAUGAGAGGGUUCAAAUCGAGAUAGUCAAAUUGGAGGAACUCCCCAGCAAAAUUAAAGAGCUCGAGAACGCAGUAGCAGAAUUGAAGGAAACGCGGGUCUUAGGGUCAAAUCCAAACCCGGAGUUGAACCUACCUCUAGCCAAGACCCUGGAUUUGAUCGAGUUGAAGAAGCGACGGAGGACUGAGUUAGACCGGCAACUAGAGCAAUUGCAGAGUCAAGUGCCCAGGAAGAAGAAGGAAUUAGACCGGCUGCACGCCGAACUGCAGCCCGUCGAGACAAAGAGGCAAAAUAGUAUGUCCGCUGCAAAAGAGGCUAGGAGACGCAAAGAAGCAGCUCUAGGCGGCAUCGAAGACGAUCUCGAGGAAAGAGGCCGAUGGUUCAGAGCCUCAGAGACUGGCUUAAAACAGAUAUUGGAACUUCAAGGCUAAACAGGAAUACCUAUUUUGGCAAGGGCGCAAGGUGUUUCGAGGCGUAUUGUUUGACUUUUUGCAGCUUCGAGAAUUCGCGGGCUGAGUGCGGAUUAGAUUUCAC